AAAGAGCUUUUUGAUGUUACAGGUGCUGUCAAAUGCAAAGAUUAUUAUUUUUAUAAGUGUGUGUGGAUGCCAGAUUGGAUGUUGGAUCAUCUCAGUUCCUCUCAAAAGCCCUCUUGUCCUCUGACCUCUCCCUUUGGCCCUCCACCCACAGUUAACUUGAUGUCACGGCCUCUCCUCUGCCUUCAAUACCCUCCUCCACUCCCCAAAUCCAGAACCAUCUACCAUCCUAGCCAUUCCUCUGGAUGUGAGUGCAGGAGUCCACGGGUCACAUGUCCAGGCUUCUACCUUGCCCGCUAUAAUGUUCUUGGCACCUGUUUCUACAGUACAGAAGGAUUGGCAGCCCUUUGGACCACCGCGGAGCUUCAGUUUUCCAGUGAGCUUCUCAGAGUCUGAAGAGGAGUUCUCUAGUAUAAGCAGUGCCGUCAAUGUGAAUGUGCAGAUGAUUAUAGAAAAUCUGAAGCCCGAUGAUUCGCCUCGUGCCAUGAACCAUGAACGUAGCGAUGGUGUGCAGACAAACGCAGCAGGAAAACGACGGAGUGAGGGUACAUUGGAUGAUGUCGCCAUAAAAGUCUUAAAAGGGACAGCUGUGGAAGAUGUGAAAUCUGGGUUCCCUUCCUACUCACUUGGUGCAGAAGGGUCCAGUUUGGGCCAUUACAUCCUAGACUCAGACAGUGAUGAGUCCAUUGACAGGGACAUAGAAGAAGCAAUUCAGGAAUAUUUGAAAAAGAAAACCGAAGAUAACCACUUAAUAUCAAAGGCUGCUAAUGAAACAAAAACUGCUUUAGGUACGCAUCCUGACAAUAAAGACUCCAUUCCACACUCCGGUGAUGGGAUCACACCUACAGAAGAGGUAUCUUCUGUUAAACUGGAGCAUAGUUUUGGAAAUACCGAGUCACAUGAGGUUGAUUUGGAUGCUGCUGUAUCAUCCAGGUGCUCCUCUCCAUCAUCCAGUGUCAGCAGUAAUGAUUCUUUUGAACUUAGUAUACAAGCUGAGAUCGAAAGGUUCUUGCAAGACAAGCGGGAAAAGGAAACCAUCAAAGUUGACGAUAACAAAUUGACUCAUUCAUUGGAAGCUGAUACCAUCUCAUGGCAGAAGAAAGUCGGGGAGGGAAAUCAAGGGAGUGUUAACAAUUUGAAGAAACCAAUUGGAGCCCAUUCCUGUAAGAAUUCAAAUGAAAGUAGUUGUGAUGACAAGCAGACCAUCAAAAGCGAAUACUCUGAUCUGAAGCCCAAGCCCAUUAUUGCAGUUGCUGAGCUCUCUGAUUCUAGCAGUGAUGAUGGCAUUGAAGAAGCCAUUCAACUCUACCAGUUAGAGCAGAAGAAAGGGAAAGCGGAGGAUGUACUUGGUUUAUUAUCUCCGAAAACUCCAAAUGCUCAGAAAAGUGCUGAUCCUGUGUCCCCUUGUAGAAUGAAGAGUCCAGAGAAGGAAAAACUGCAGAUGCCUAUAAAGAAAAAAGAAAAACUCUACACUUCCAAAUCUGGAGAGUUUAAAAUGUCCUAUUCUAGCAACCUUUCAGAUAGUGACUCAACCGAUCAAUCCAGUGAUGAGGUUGCAACGCAGAUCGAGAUUACAAAUAUGGACUCGGAGCUUAGACAGAAAAAAAUUAUUCAAACUGAAUCACAGUUUUCCUCACCACGGGAAAGAACCUUAAUCUCCCAAGCCCAUUCAGCUACCAGUAUGCAUUUUGCAAAUAAUCCAUUGUCAUUGAAAAAGGAGCACCACAAAAGCAGCAGCAAGGCAUUCAUCCAAUGCUUUGGGGCUAACAUGUUUUCUUCCUCAGAGAGUUCUGUGGACAGCAGUGACAGUGUUGAGAAAGAAAUUCAGAAUUACUUAGCAUUCAAAGCAAACCUAACUAGUCAGAAAACAAAUGCAUUCAGUCCUAUGGAUGAACAGCAUUGCAGUUUAUCCCCAGCACUGAAGAAAGAAGACAGUCUGAAUGGGUCUUCAUCUUUGUCAUCUGCAUCUGUAUCUGAACUAUCACAAUUUUCGUUGCUCCAUAAAAGAACACUUAAGUAUAGCAUUGUCACUGUUAAUAAACGGAGUGAAGAGGAGCUAAACAAGAGCCAAGUAAAAGAGUCUAGUAAAACCCCUGAUGUGCUUGUUGAUAAAAUGGCUAUAACCUAUAAAGUUACAAAUUAUGAUGGUGAAUCAAAACAAAGCGACUCUUGGCAGACAGAUGAGAAGAGUAGUUCAAUAGAUAGUGAUGAAGACCUUGAUACUGCCACAAUGGAUCUGUUAAAAACCAGGAAGAAACUGGGAAAAAGAUUAAAGGAUACAAAAAGUCGCUGCAAGAAAAAAGUCCGAUUUACAGGAGCUGAAGUGCGCACCUACUCCCAACAAAGUACAAGUACUAUUGAUGGAAUGUUCAAAACCAGUGGCCAGCUCCAUCAGGGAGAAGGUCUUAUUAGCAGUCAUGGCCCUUUGAAAAGUUGUUUGUCGAAAAGUAGCAAGUCAGCCCCUAAAAGUUAUUUAGAAAUGAAGAAUAAGGGAACUAAGAAAGCAGCGGUCCAUCUCAGAAGUGAAAAUAAUCGUAAGGUCUCCACACCAUUGGGAAAGGAAAGAAUUGGAAAAUCAAAUGUUGGUUCUUCAUAUGCUCUUCAAAAAGUUGUGACCGAGAAGCCUACUGGGGGUGGUGUGGUAGUGGAUGACAGCAGUUCUGUGGACAGUGAUGACGGUAUUGAACAAGAAAUUCUGCGGUUCUUAGCAGAAAAGGCAAAAGUGAGCACUCAGGAGAUGGAAGAGCGUCGGAAAGAUGAGCUCAAGACCAAUUCAUUGCAGAGUUCACAAGUACAGGGAGAAAACAGUAAAUGGUCUGUAAAGGAAGAGGUCUUACCAAAACUACCAAUGCAGGACAUAGAGAAGACUUGCACUUCUCACCAGAUCGAAGGGUUUCACAGUGGUCAAUAUAAUGUGGGACCAUAUAAUGUGGAGAGAACUGUUAGUGGGAAUUGGUCUCAGGGUACACAAGGGUUUGUUGACUCUAAAGAAGACGACAUUGCCGAUAUUGGGCAGGUUUCAUUUGGCAGUAAAAGUACACCGCACCAAACUAAGCACACAAAGGAUAUUAAAGAGUCUCCAGCAGUCUCCAGAAUAGAAAUUAAGACUGAGAUAGUCAAAAAGCAUUUGCAAAUUACUGGCACAAACAGUCAAGAGAGAGAUCCCAGAAGUUCCUGCUCUGGGCAAGACAAUAAUCCUGCUGGAUACAGAUGGGCUAGUAACCCUCCAGAAGGCUGUAGAAUACAGAAAUUUCAGAUAAAUCAUUCAGUGCUUCAUUUGGAAACAAUGUCUGACAGAUUUUCAACACUUGAACAACGAGACCUAAGUUUAGAGAACAAAAGAGAGCAGCAGCAGAACACAAUCAAGGUUGUAUCUUCUGAAGAAACUGCCAGUAAAUUUAAAUUACCGACGACUUUUAAGAUGAAACCUCAUGAAGAGACGAUGGAGGUAGACUGCGGCUUGGCUGAGUACUCUGGAAGCAUCAUCAAGUCUGAGCCAGACCAAAGCCCUAGUUCUUCCCCUCACACUGAGUUCAGUGCUGUCUGGGACGCUGAUGGUAGCACUAAAUGUGAAGCAAACGGAGUUUCAGACAAGGAUGCGAGUGGCAUUUCUCAGCCUAUUGGAAAUCUGAUUUUACGGAGUCCCCAUGCUGAUUGCAUAACAGCAAAAGGCUCAUCUUGGUUUGAGAGGCAGGAGCAGAGUGACCACAAUUAUCAAGGUGAAGAGAAAUACACAAUCAGGUUGAAAGAAAGCAACAUGGAGCAGCACGUUAGUGAAGGACACUCAGACAGUUUGAUGCAAGGACUACAACAGACAUUAGACAGUGCCAAUCUUAGACCACUGAGUCACACCUCGGUUACUAACCAAACAGAACUCCCAGUUCACAAGGAAUGUGAUGGGAUAGAAAAAGGGGUUCACAGUGUAGGUCCAGAGGAAGGAAGUUUAUGUGCACAACCCUGUUUAGAAACCAAGAGAAUAUCUGAAGGAGCUUACCAAGGCAAGGUCACUAGUCAGUAUAUGAAUAAACAGAAUUAUACGGCACUGUCAGUACUUCAGAUCUGUGCAGUAAGUUUAGCCUCGUCAGGGAACAGCACACAGGAAGAAAAGAUUGGGGCUGAUAGAACACAGGAGAAAGGUGAAGCCAAAAGUCAAGAAGACUUUUUUGAUGAAACUAAUAUUGAAUCAGGUGAAGAUACGGGAGGUUUUGGCAGAUCAGUAGUGGAGAGAGCAGGUUCUGAGGUGUAAGUACAAUAUUGUAUAGUAACUUUCCACUAAUAUUUAUGAACACUCAAGGCAGUCAGUAUGGUUCAGCUACCCAUUACAAGCAAAAGAGUGGAGACCUUUAAAUGGAUCGCAAGGCAAAAAAAGCAAUUGAGGGAAUUAGCCCAAUUAAGGCCUGAAAUUCCGCCUACCCUUAGCUUGUGAGACCAUUUUGACUUGAUCAAUUUUGCAGAAUUGUGGAGAAUUCUUCAGUUCAGCUACACUUUGCAAGCUAAUUCUUUUUGAGAACUGUGGAAAAUCAAGUUUCAAAUUUAUAGACUGAAUUUUCCACAAUUCUGUGCACCUUAAAUUUUGAGAUGAAUUAGCCUCACAGCCUCUGAACCUCUUGAUUGCAAUAAAUUAAACUCACGCAUCCAUUAUCUUUUGCAAUAUAUACCUGAUGGUGAAUUUUGUUUUCAAACUCUUAUUGUGUACGUCUCGUGCUUUAACAAGGAGAUGUAAAGGUGGCAUUCAAAUUUGAAUCCAGUGGCUUGUGACCUGGGAGGUUAAUGGGUUUAUGUGACUGGACUUGUAGUUUUGCCAAGUUCAUUUCACAUUAGGAUCGAUUAAGAUGCAGGAGUGUGUUUACAAUUUUGGAUCAUCUUUGUGCUUACAUAGGUAGCCAGUGUCAUUACUGAAAAGUGAAAUUAUUUUUAAGGCUACUUCUUCUGCAAUCCUCAUCGAGUCAGCAUGUCCAGCUCAGUUACAGUGCCAGUUAGAUGGAGAGUAAAGCUCCCUCUGCACUGUCCCAUUAAGCACUCCCAGAUCAGGUACAGCAUGGGUUAGAUGCAGAGCAAAGCUCUCUACAUUGCCCCAACAAUGUGCCUUAACCCUGAACCUCAGAAGAGGGUCUACUACUGCACCAGUUUGUCAUUCCAUUUCCACACAGUUGUGUGGCCUCUGAAUGAAAUCAGUAGUUUAAUUCCUGUUUGUGCCACAUUAUGGGCACUAAUACAUUUCAGUUAGUCCCUAUAGCCAGUGACUUUCAACUCAUCGAUAUAGAUUGGAAUUGAAGCCAUGUUCUAGAUGUGAGUGGGAAUGUGCUGAAUUACUGUGUCACCAAGCUCCCUUGUGUACUCCAGUUCCACUCAGCAGUGUAUUUUAUAAUAGUUCUCUAUCGUGUGUACAUUCUAAGCAGAUCGUUAACUGAAGAGUACAGAGCUCUGUGGUACUGAAGGUUCAAAACAAGUAGCAUGCUUGUCAGCAGAACAUACAUAGGCAAAGAUGCACUGGAAACAAUUCUGCCUUUUCUGCAUAUUUUAUAUUGAAAUGUGAAACCUGUACAGACUCUUCAUACUCUAAGAGUACGGAUGGUAUUGAUUUUAAUGAGGGUUUUCUUUUUUUUGUGAAACUUUUUCUGCGGCAUUCUUUUCAACUCUAAUGAGAAAUCCAAAGCAGGGUAUAAUUUGCUUGGGCUGCAGUUCUUCCCUUCAAUUGUAUGCUGUGGACUGAUUAAUCUUCACCUUUGCUCUUUUGCUGCAAUGUUUGCGUAUGUCUGGGUCCAUCUGUAUUGGAAGCAAGGUAAUGUUGCAUUGUUAUCAUGGCUCAACAGCAUUAGCUGGUGGCUCAUAACUGAGCCAACACGCUACAUUAUGCCAUAUUCCAUAUUCUUCUCAGCUCAGCAAACACUCGUUCUCCAAAUCAUUUGUUCUUGUCUUUUUUUGUUCUGAUGUACUUGACAUUUUUCUACUUUUCUGGUGGGGGAAAACUGUAGUUUGAAAUGCUCUUCCGUUUUUGCCCGAGGAGUAUAUUGAUGUCACUGUUGUUACAUAUACUUUUUAACAAAUUUGUGAAAAUUAUUUAAGUUAUAUAAUUCCACAUCUUGAUGGCAUUUAUCUAAUAAAGAGCAGACUGGG